UGUAAAUUUUGCAAAUGUGCCCUGCACCAGAUAUAAAGUGAUCAGAUAUAUUCUAUUUAUGUGGUAAAUAAGAUUAAAAAAAGUGAACAGUCGAAUUAAUUUAGCAUGUCUGGAAGAGGAAAUUUGCUGAGCUUAUUUAAUAAAAAUGCCGGCAAUAUGGAAAAAUCAAUUUCAAGUGAAGAUCAUGAAAUCGACAGUGGCUUGGAUUUUGAUAAUUCUGGAUCAAGUGGAGAACGUUUACUGUCAGGCCAUAAUAUUGAAACUGAUCUUAUAACCACUCUUCAAAAUGUAAAUAUCUCGGUCGGCCGAGGACGUGCUAGGCUUAUAGACACAUUAAAAACGUAUGACGAUACAUCAAAUCAAUUUAUAACAACUGAAGCAAAAGAAAACAAUACCGAAAAGACAAAGGGCACCGAAUUAGAAGCAAUUGCUUCACAUAAUGGAUUAUUUUUUCCCGAUUUAAUUUACGGAUCUAAAGGUUCAUCUGUUGAUAUAUACUGUAAUUACUUAAAGCUAACGACGGAUGAAUCCAAGGGAGUUUUUAAUUACGAAGUGCGUUUUUUUCCUCCCAUUGACUCGGUACAUUUAAGAAUAAAAUAUUUAAAUGAUCAUAAGGAUAAACUCGGUGGAACCAAAACAUUUGACGGAAAUACUUUAUAUUUACCUAUUUUGUUACCAAAUAAGAUGACCGUCUUUAUUUCGAAGGUCGAAGAUUCUGAAUUGCAGAUUCGAAUUUUAUACAAAAAAAAAGAGGAAAUGAGGAACUGCACGCAAUUAUAUAAUAUUUUAUUCGAUAGAGUUAUGAAAGUAUUAAAUUACGUUAAAUUUGAUCGCAAGCAGUAUGAUCCUUCGCGUCCAAAAAUAAUACCACUGGAAAAGUUAGAAGUUUGGCCUGGCUAUGUUACAGCCGUUGACGAAUACAAAGGUGGUUUAAUGCUAUGCUGCGACGUUUCGCAUCGUAUACUUUGCCAAAAAACUGUUCUAGAAAUGCUGGUUGAUCUUUAUCAGCAAAAUGUAGAGCAUUACCAAGAAUCAGCGAGAAAAAUGUUGGUUGGAAAUAUUGUUUUAACUAGGUAUAACAAUCGUACAUAUAAAAUAAAUGAUAUUUGUUUUGAUCAAAAUCCAACAUGUCAGUUUAAAAUUAAAACUGGCUGGACAAGUUACGUGGAAUAUUAUAAACAAUACCACAAUAUAAUCAUAAAGGACGUCAAUCAACCAUUGAUUUAUAGUAUAAAGAAAUCAAGAGGAAUUCCAGCAGAAGGGGAACAUAUACAGUUUUCUUUAAUUCCAGAAUUGUGUUAUCUUACUGGGCUGCGAGACGAAGUACGGUCAGAUAACAAGCUUAUGCGCGAGAUCGCUACGUUUACGAGAGUUUCGCCAAAUCAACGACAGAUGGCGUUAAAUAAGUUUUACGAAAAUGUUUCGAAGACACCCGCCGCACAAGAAAUUCUUAAUAGCUGGGGUCUUUCAUUAACGAAUAAUUCCAACAAGAUAAUUGGACGUCAAAUGGACAUAGAGCAGAUAUGUUUUUCAAAAACUAGUCUGUCGGCCGGAAGGUCCGCAGAGUUCUCUAAACAUGCUGCGACCAAUGAAAUGUUGAAAGUAGUGCACCUGAGUAAAUGGAUCAUUAUACAUUUAAGAAAUGAUACGAAAGCUGCAACUAACUUGCUCGAUAACAUGAAACAGGCAUGUAAGUCACUUGGUAUGAACAUUUCUAACCCAACAAUGAUUUCGUUAGAUCGUGACCGAAUCGAUGCGUACAUUCAAGCACUGCGGCGAAAUAUAACAAUAAAUGAUCAAAUAGUCGUAUGUAUUUGUCAUAACAGUAGAGACGAUCGUUAUGCUGCAAUAAAAAAAAUAUGUUGCUCGGAAAUACCUAUACCAUCACAGGUUAUAAAUGCUAAAACUUUACUAAAUGAUUUGAAAAUUCGUUCCGUUGUUCAAAAAAUUGUUCUACAAAUGAACUGUAAACUCGGAGGCUCAUUAUGGACGGUUAAAAUUCCAUUUAAAAAUGUGAUGAUUUGCGGAAUAGACUCAUAUCAUGACCCAUCUAAUCGGGGAAAUUCUGUUGCAGCAUUUGUGGCCUCCGUAAAUUCAUCAUAUUCACAGUGGUACAGUAAAGCUGUUGUACAAACAAAACGCGAAGAAAUUGUUAAUGGGCUCUCUGCAUCUUUUGAAAUUGCUUUAAAUAUAUAUCGUAAAAGGAAUGGCAAACUCCCCACAAAUGUUAUAAUAUACAGAGAUGGAAUUGGAGAUGGACAGCUGAAUACUUGUCUGAAUUAUGAAAUUCCACAAUUUGAAAUGGUGUGUGGAAAUCACAUUAAAAUUUCAUAUAUUGUAGUCCAAAAACGAAUCAAUACUCGCAUCUUCUCGGAUAGCGGCAUUCAUCUUGAAAACCCAUUGCCCGGAACAGUCGUAGAUCAGCAUAUAACAAAAUCAAAUAUGUAUGAUUUUUUUUUGGUUUCCCAAAUGGUACGACAAGGUACUGUAACCCCAACUCAUUAUGUUGUUCUACGAGAUGACUGCAAUUAUGGACCCGACAUAAUUCAAAAACUAAGUUACAAACUUUGUUUUUUAUAUUACAAUUGGGCUGGUACAAUACGAAUUCCAGCUUGUUGUAUGUACGCUCACAAAUUGGCUUAUUUGAUUGGACAAAGUAUUCAACGAGAUGUGGCUGAAUCACUUGCUGAAAAACUAUUUUAUCUUUAAAAUUGUCAAAAGACCUGUCUAUAACCCUACAAUUAAUAAAUCUGUAUAUUUUAAGACAAAAAUAAAAAAUAAAAAAAA